AAUGGUAAAUAUAGUAAUAGUAAUGAUUAAGAUUUAGGAGUGGUAUUUGAAUAAAUAAUGAAAUUGAAUAAAUUAUUGUUAGAGAAAUAUAUGGUAACAUAUUGUUAGUCUAAGUUUAAGGUAAGACCAAAAAAUAAUGAGUUAAAUAAAAGGGUCCAAACAACUUUGAUAGAUAGAUUUUUUAAGACUCCUUCCAUUUUAAUAGUAUUGAUACUUUCAUUUCAUUGUAUAGUAUAGUAGUUAUAUUAUUGUUGAGACAGGCUGUAACUUACUUCUAUUAUGAGAAAAGAUUAUUCUCUUUGUAACACACUGGUUUUCAUCCAUCAGCUCUGAUGGCAUUCACUGCCGUAGCAGCUUGUGUGUUAGUUCUCAGAUAUGUACCACCUGAUGGAGUUUCCCUACCAUCCUCCUCACAUACUUGGACUGAUGAAAGUAGAGAUCAACCUGAAAAUGUUCUUGAAGAUGCUAUAGAAUCUUCUGAUUCUCCUCUUCUUGGCGAUGAAAGAGAUCAAGGUACUAAAAUUUGAUCAUUCACAUAUUUACCCUUUCUAUAUGUUAUUAAGAUGAUAUUGUACUGUAGACUGUAGUUUGCUAAAUCUUUACUGAUUUUUCAUUGAACAGAGGAAAAGUAUUUUGGAAAGAGAAGAAAAAUUGAAAAAUUGCUUCCUGGAGUAUAGCUCUUGUGUGCAUAGGUGUCUUAGGCCUAGCUUCAGGAGCUUCUGCUGAGCGUCUUCCAAGGUCGGUAUCUUAGUCCUGUGUAUCCAUGCGUCUUGUUUGACUCUUUAUUGUUUCUAAACAAUUAGAUUUAGUUUUAGUUGAGGUGAAUAGAUUUUGUGGAACUCUGUUGUUGAAAGAUUUACAUGUUCUUAAUAUUUGUAUUGUUUAUAUCAUCCAACGCCUUUUCUUCUUGACUAGGACAGUUUUCCUCGGUUCACUAUGUGUGGUGUCAGUGCAGCCAUAUUACUUGGCAGUUUGAUUACUCUUGGUUGCAUCGAUGAGGAUGAUGAGAGGCAAAACUUUAGACACCAAGGAGGUAGUAAGGGUCUCAUGCCUUUUGUUUCCUAUUCAGACAGAACAAAAAAUGAGAAAUCUAGUUGAAUAUAAGAGGCUUCAAGCCAUCAUUGAGCUUUGGUUGGUGCCUCAUGUUCUAUCAACGGCGCUGCUUGCUUAACAGCUUCUAUAUUUGAUUCGGUUACAGGGUUUUUCUGCCCAUUCGUCCCAUAUCUUCCUGUUCUCUGCAUUCUGAUCAACACCUACUUGAUCAUCAACAUUGGGUGAGUGAGUUUGAUGGACCAUCAUGAACAUGUAUGAAUCAAUAUUGGAUAUUUUUAAAAAGUUGUUGGUACUUUGUAAUGGCAGAGCUGGACAUGGAUCAGGGUCUUGAUAUGGAUGCUUAUUGGAAGCAUGAUCUAUCUAUUCUAUGGACGGUCACACAGCGUACUGAACAAUGCAGGCUACGUUCCAACGACUUGUACAUGGGAAACAACAGAUCUUCUUCAUUGAUAUUUUCUUAAAACCAAUAAACAAAUACCACUAAAUUUACAUAAUUUAUUUUAGUAUGUUACUCUAUUUUGAAAAAAGAAUAUAGACUAUUAGACCAUUUUGAGUGGAUCACUCUAUAUUUUUUCUAUUAGACCAUCUCGAAUGGAUCACUAUGAAAAAAAAAAUUAGAUAUAGUACCAACAUUGAUAUCAAAGACUAUUAAACACUAUUGAUUCAUUUUAGUAUGCUACUCUAUUUGAAGAAGAAAUAUAGAGUAAUCGAUUCAAUUAGCUUUAAAAAAACAAUGUUACAACCUUCUUAAAUAUUUAAAAUGUUUAGACCAUUUCGAAUGGAUCACUAUGAAGAAAAAAAAUUUAGAUAUGGUACCAACAUUGAUAUCAAAGACUAUUACACGAUGAUUCAUUUUAGUAUGUUACUCUAUUUGAAGAAAAAAAAUAUAGAGUAAUCCAUUCACAUAGCUUAAAAAAAAAUGUUACAACCUUCUUGGAUAUUUCUAGUUUUUAGACCAUUUCAAAUGGAUCAUUUUAUAUUUUUCUUCAAGUAGACUAUUUUUAUAACGGAGUUGGGUUCUACUUUAAUGCUACUUUAUUUUGAGUGAGAAAUAGAGUGAUAAAUAAAAAAUAAAAUAAAAUACUCUAUUUAUGUAAUAAACUCGUUUGUUACGCUACUAUAAAUUGAAAAAUAGAGUACAAUUAGAAUAUUUUUAUUCCACAAUCUAUUUUAAAAUUAAAAAAUAAAUUGACGUUGGAUAUGUGUUUUUUUUUUUUUGAGCAAGAUGAGACUUAACUUAAAAGUCAUUACAUUUCUAGUUCACGUGUUUUCAAAUAAUUUUUACACUUUUCAUGUUUAUACGAUGUUGCAACAAAUUAUUUUUUUUUGUCAAUGUUGCAACAAAGUUAUACUAUAUUUUUUUGUUGCUAUCAUCUGGAUAAAUUCAAACUAAAAGUAUACUCCCUCCGUUUCAAAAUAUAAGAUGUUUUGAAGAAUUUUUUUGUUCCAAUAUAUAAGAUGUUUUCAUAUUUCUAGGUAACUUUAAAUUUAUCAAAAAUUGUGUAGCUAAUCAAAUUUAAUAGUUAUGUUUUGUAGUUUAUAAUUUUAAUAGAGUCAAUUAGGUGAAUAUACAUGAAUUGAGUCAAAAUUAGGUAACUACCCAUAAGAAGAUAAAAUGGUAGUUUACUGUAGAUUUUAAUGCUUGAACUUCCAAUUCCACCCCUACUCUCAUCUCUAUCACCAUUCUCUUUCUUCUAUCCCACCAUUCUCUUUCUUCCGUCUCUUGAGCCUCUUUCUUCAUCUUCGUUUUCUUUUCAUCCAAUUUUUUAAUCUAAUCUUUAGUCUUCAAAUUCACGUGCAUUCCAAUUUAUUUUGAAUCUUUAAUUGUUGUUGUAAGUACUAUUACCGCUACAACUUCCUCUUCUUUCUCAUUUCAUCAUCGCCAUUAUUUCCCAAUCUAUGGGUCUUUUCAUUAGAUUUCUGAAAUUAAAAAUCAGUUGAACAGUUAGAGAAUACGGUUGAUUACCAAGAUCUCAAUAACUCAAGAAUCUAUUGCUUGUUCUAAGUUUUAAUUUAAAAGUUACACAAAUUGUUAGUGGAUAAUUUGUCUAUUAUAAAGCUACACUUAUCAAGCUGGCUUAUUGAUGAUAUAUGAUUUAUUAGACGGUACAUUAUUUGUUAAUUGAUACAUUGUUUGGUAUAAAAUAAUGUAUCAAUUUACAUAAAGAAUUAUCGGGUAUCAAACCAUUUAACAAACCAUUUAACAAACAAAAUUUAUAAGCUAACAAAUUAUGUAUCAUCUAACAAGCCAUAAUGCAUGUUUUAUUAACAAAUCAUAAUUAUGUGCAUGACGCAAAAAUAGUCAGUAACAUCCAUAACAUAAUAUUCACUCUUUGGUAUUUAACAAUGUAUCGACUAACGAUAAUACUUAUCUUAUAACAAAUUAUGUAUCAGCUAACAAACUAUGUACGUUACAAAAAUAUAUCAGUUAACUAACUAUGUAUCAUCUAAAAAACCAUGUAUCAACUAACAACAACUAUUUUAUAAUAUUUUAUAUGCAUUUUGUCAAUUAGUGGCAACAUAAGUAUAAUAUCUAACAAAAAAUGUAUCACAUGUGGGCGAUACAAAAUCGAUGAUCACUAAAACAUAAAUAAUAUCGCGUAACUACACAUGUUUUAGGCUAACAAAAAAGUUAUCCAAAUCGAGAACAAAUUCAUGAUCUCAAUCACCUCGUCUUAGACUUCAGCAUAUACAAGCUCAUCCAUUUUCUUUUUUCAGAUGAAGAAACUUCAAGAGGAUCAUGUCUGAACUUAUCUCGAAGGAGAAGAAUCACAGAUUGAAAAAAAUGAAUUCUGUGGUAUCAAUGGAAUCAAAGAUCUCACAGAGAUUUUCGAAAUUAAUUAAAUAAAUUGUGGGAAUUCGCAAUAUGUUGGAUGUAGAUUGCCUAAGCUUGAUACAAUAGUGAGAUAAUGAAUUUUUGAAAAGAAAACAGAGCUCGUGAUAGAGAAGAAGGAAAGAGAGAAAAUGAGAGAGAUCUAGGAGAAGAGAUGAGAGAGAGUUAAGAGGGUAGGGACAUUAUUGGAUUUUUCGAAAGUGAACAGUGCAAUGAGCAUUUUCCUAAUUAUGGUUUGUUUCAUGUAUAUGGCACCUAAUUUCUCAUUUUAAUAAUACUUUUAAGAUAAUAAAUAAUUAUUUUAAUAAAUGUGUUUUACCUAAAAAAUCUUAUAUUUAGAAACAGAGGGAGUAUGUGUUUAUCAACAUUCAUAUUCAUAUUUUCUUAAAGACCAAUACACAAAUACUACCAAAUUUACAACAUUUAUUUUAAGAGAAAUUCUUGGGUUCACCUCAUAGGUGAACAUAUAGGUUCACCAACCAAUGAGAAUUAGUUAUUUUAUAUACAAAUUUUUUCAAAAAAAGAAACAUAAUAUUUAGAAUAUAUUUUUUAAAAAUAAAAGGAUAAAAAUAAAUAAAAAGAGUAUUAUCAAUAAAACAUGAAUUUUUAACAUUGUUAAAAUCGUUCAUACUAAAUCAUAUACCCUAAAUCCUAAACACUAAACCUUAAACCCUUGAUUAAACCCCUAAACCCUUAGGUAAAAUAUAAAAAAAUAAAUAGAAAAUA